AUGCCGCUGCACCUCCGCCCCGCCGUCGAAUCCGACAUCAACCAAAUAAUCGACGUCUUCCUCUCCGGCUUCGCUAAAGACGCCGUCGUAUCGCGCUGCUUCCCCAACAAGCCCUCGGUCAGGGACUUCCUAACCACCGGCCUCCUCCGCGCCAUCCACGAUCCGAAUAUCCACGAGGUUGUCGUUGCUGAUACCGACCUCCCAGAAUCCCCGAUCAUCGCUUACGCGAGCUGGGUCGCCCCGCACCAAUCCAACCCCGACGAGCCCGAACACCCGUUAUACCCCCCAGACGGCGACGACCUCCCCCUCGCCUCUUUCUUUUUUCCGCAUCUCAAAGAAACCAGGGAGAAAGACAUGGCAGGCCGGACGUUCUGGCAUCUGGCUACGCUCGUCUGCCACGAGGAGCACCAGGGGCGCGGCGCGGGGAAGAUGUUGAUGCGGUACGGCGUUGACCAGGCGGAUCAGAUGCGGGCUGAUAUGUACGUCGAGGCUUCUCCGCCUGGGGUGCCGCUUUAUCAUCGCUUUGGGUUUGAGGAGGUUGGGAGAGUGGUUGUUUUGGAUGGGCUGCAUACGGAGUUGUUUAUGUUUAGGGGGUUCGGGGGUAGUGGUUAG